AUGGACCCCGGGCCCCCGCCGCCCGCCGCCCCGCCUCAGGCCCAGGGCCCGCCGUCCGCGCCGCCUCCCCCGGGCCAGGCCCCGCCGUCCGCUCCCGGGCCCCCCGCGCCUCCGGGGUCGCAGGCGGCGCCGCAGGCCCCCCCCGCCGGCCACCAGAUCGUGCACGUCCGGGGGGACUCGGAGACUGACCUGGAGGCGCUCUUCAACGCCGUCAUGAACCCCAAGACGGCCAACGUGCCGCAGACGGUGCCCAUGCGGCUGCGGAAGCUGCCCGACUCCUUCUUCAAGCCGCCGGAGCCCAAGGCACACUCCCGCCAGGCCAGCACUGAUGCAGGCACUGCGGGAGCCCUGACCCCACAGCAUGUUCGAGCUCAUUCCUCUCCAGCUUCCCUGCAGCUGGGAGCCGUGUCCCCGGGGACCCUGACACCCACUGGAGUCAGCUCCGGCCCCGCAGCUGCACCCAGUGCUCAGCACCUCCGCCAGUCCUCCUUUGAGAUACCUGACGAUGUACCUCUGCCUGCCGGCUGGGAGAUGGCCAAGACCUCCUCUGGUCAGAGAUACUUCUUGAAUCACAUCGAUCAGACGACGACGUGGCAGGACCCCAGGAAGGCCAUGCUGUCCCAGAUGAGCGUCACGGCACCCACCAGCCCCCCAGUGCAGCAGAGUAUGAUGACCUCAGCCUCAGGUCCUCUUCCUGAUGGAUGGGAACAAGCCAUGACUCAGGAUGGAGAAAUAUACUAUAUAAACCAUAAGAACAAGACCACCUCUUGGCUAGACCCAAGGCUUGACCCUCGUUUUGGUAAAGCCAUGAACCAGAGAAUCAGCCAGAGCGCUCCGGUGAAGCAGCCCCCGCCCCUAGCCCCGCAGAGCCCUCCAGGCGUCCUAGGGGGCGGGGGCUCCAGCCAACAGCAACAGAUGCGCCUCCAGCAGCUGCAGAUGGAGAAGGAGCGGCUGCGCCUGAAGCAGCAGGAGCUGCUCCGCCAGGUGAGGCCCCAGGCAAUGCGGAAUAUCAGUCCCAGCACAGCAAAUUCUCCAAAAUGUCAGGAACUAGCUCUUCGUAGCCAGUUACCAACACUGGAGCAGGAUGGCGGGACUCCCAAUCCAGUGCCUUCCCCCGGGAUGUCUCAGGAACUGAGGACGAUGACGACCAGUGGCUCGGAUCCCUUUCUCAACAGUGGCACCUACCACUCCCGGGAUGAAAGCACAGACAGUGGGCUGAGCAUGAGCAGCUACAGCGUCCCUCGAACCCCAGAUGACUUCCUGAACAGUGUUGACGAGAUGGACACAGGUGAUACUAUCAACCAAAGCACCCUGCCCUCCCAGCAGAACCGUUUCCCAGACUACCUAGAAGCCAUUCCUGGGACAAAUGUGGACCUCGGAACGCUGGAGGGAGAUGGGAUGAACAUAGAAGGAGAGGAGUUGAUGCCAAGUCUGCAGGAAGCUCUGAGCUCUGACAUCCUUAACGACAUGGAGUCCGUGCUGGCUGCCACCAAGCUGGAUAAAGAAAGCUUUCUCACAUGGUUAUAGAGCCCUCAGGUAGACCGAAUUCCAAAUCUGUGAAGGAUCUAAGGAGAUGAGACGUGUAUGCUCGAAAUUUCCAAGUAAGCCAGUCGUAGUCUUCUGGCUGACACCGAAAAAGAUGAACAGACGUCCAGCAAGAUUCUUUCAUCCACUAUUUUGCUCUUCGUGUCCAUUGCUGCUGUUAAUAUGUUGCUGACCUCUUUCAUAGUUGGCUCUAAAGAAUCAAAAAAAAAAAAAAAAAAAAAAAACUUUUUUUUGUUUCUUUUGCUAUUAUAACUACUGUUCGUUUUGGGGGCUGGGGGAAGUGAGCCUGUUUGGAUGAUGGAUGCCAUUCCUUUUGCCCAGUUAGGUGUUGACCGAUCAUUUUAACUAAAUCCUCAGACUUGGAAGUCAAAUGCUUCAUGUCACAGCGUUUAGUUUGUUCAGGCAAUUGUUUCUUCAGCUGCCUUUGGCCAGUGGAGAAACAUGACUUACUGGUCUGCCAAGCCAAAAAUGUUGUAUGGAUGUUGAGUCCUUAAUGCUGAUGUGAUGAGCUAGCUGAAACCAAGGCUGAAGACUGUUCUGCUUUCCCUCACACUGCUAGCAUUAGUCACAGAGUGACCUUGAUUUUAUUUUAGGAGCUUCUGAGGCAUGAGACAGUUUCCAUAGAAAUAUAUUAAUUAUUGCCACAUACUGUAGUAUAGGUUUUGGUGGGUUUUAUUGUGGGUUUGGUUUUUUUUGUUCGUUUUAUUUUGUUUUGAUUGGUUGGGUUGUGCUUUUUUUUGUUUUUGUUUUUCCCCCAGAACCGAGACAAAUUACCAUAGUAGCCAAUCUGUUUAUAGUUGUUGCUUGGUGCAGUUAUUGUAGUUCCUUUGGUAAAAUCUACAUUUCCUAAUUUUUUACCAUCUUAUUUAAAUCUUGAUUAUCUGCUCUCUCUAUAUAUAUACCCCCACACACACUUAUAAGGUUUAUAAUAGUGUGAUAGCAGAAUGUAUCUUUUUUUAAGGUUUCCAUACUUUCCAAUUUAUUUUAAAAUGGUAGUUUUGAAUGUAUGUAUUUAGAAUAUGUGACUAGUAGUUUAUAUCUCACGGUAGUGUAAAUCUGAUUGAGACAGUCUGCAGACAUUAGAGGUAGUUAUUCUAGAAAGCAUAGUGUCUGGAGGAGUACUAUAUGCACUCUGGGCACACAAUAUUGUCUGAUGAAUUUGAAAGAAGCAAACAAGAUACAGCUUUAUUUUCCCUUGACACUCCCAUGGACUAAUUUUGAACCUUGUUGGGAAAUCACUAAGUAGGUUCAUAACAUACAUGGAGACUUGCUCCUACUUCUGUAUGCCGAGAAUUGACCCUGGAAGUAUAUAUAGAAUACUGCCGAGGGUAUAAGUUAGCUGGUAAAGUGAUCAGAUUAAUUAAUGUAUAUCAGUAGUUGAGUUUAGCAAAGAAAUAGAGAUAAUCAUGAUUAUACUUUUAUUUUUACAGGAAGAGAUAUAACUAGAGUAUGUGUCUACAGGAGUAAUAAUAAUGGUUUCCAAAGAGUAUUUUUUAAAGGAACAAAAUGAGCAUGAAUCAACUCUUCAGUAUAAGCUAUGACGGUAAUAGUUGGUUGUGAAUUAUAGUGGCACCAGCUAGCACCUCUGUGAUUAAGGGUCUUUCAAUAUUCUAGAAUAAGUCCUUAUUUUCAAGGGUUUAUAACCGAAGAAUCAUUUUUCCUAGCUAACACUGCUAUGGAAAGUCUCAUCUUGCUUCGGAAGAUAGAUUAAAUCUAAGUAUUUUGACCCUUCAGUUAGAGGAGUGUGAAAGUUGGGAGUGAGAAGUUUUAUAUUAAGUACUUUGAGUGCUCAAAAAAUGCAAUCACUGUUCUAUAUAAUGAAUUCAUAGGUCAAUCAUUCGUAAUCAUUGACUAAAGCUUUUUAUUAAGAAAACAGCAGAAAGAUUAUCUUGAAAUUAAGUCUGAGGGGAAAUGGCCACUGUGCAGAUUUUUUUUUUAUAAGCAAUAAUGAAAUUCUACCUAGAAUGCAUAAGUGAGGGUAUGAAUGAGACAGCAUGUUGUUCUUUUCUCACAUGCUGAAAGUCAAAGCUACUUGGAAGGAGUGCUUACGUGUGCCAAUAAGCCACAAAUAAGAUCACAUCUUACACGUCAGCAGUAGCUUUAGAUCAGGGCAAGGGUGGGGACGUGGGAGGGAUCGCGAGAGACUAGGGGGACCUUGAUAGAGAACCUGAUACGUGUCUUUUUCUUCUGUUGUCACAAAAGGCAGUUGUUCCUAAAAGUUCAGUCACUUGAGUUACACCUGCGUCCGCUGUGGCCCCUGGCGCUGACUGAAGGGCGCCUGAAAGUCCUUCCUCUUUCUGAAUCUGAAUCACAGCCUUGAUUUGGUCUCUCUUGUUCUGUGUCCUUGUUCUGAUGUCAAAGUGUUUAAUGCCUUCUGGGUUGUACUGGGUAGUGUUGGGAUAAGAUUUUAACUGGGUAUUCUUGAAUUGCUUUUACAAUAAACCAAUUUUAUAAUCUUUAAAUUUAUCAGCUUUUUACAUUUUGUGUUCUCUUAGUUAGGGCUUCUUAGAUGUACUUAUUGAUAGAGCACGCUGAUUUGGAGUUUCAGUUUUUCCACAGCACUACUUGUGGUAAUAAGUAUUUUCUAAAUAUAGUGCCUUUUCUAGGAAAGGAAAAAAGGACAUUAAGGAAGUGACUUUUAUAUACAAGUAAUGUUGUUUUAAGUAUUCAUAUUAAGUAGAUGCAUCCUAUAGGGAGCUUGGCAGAAACACUGAAGAAUAACUAAAAUUAACUGUAAUUCAUAAUUCAUACCAGUCAGUGUUGAAACUCAUGACACAGAGGGGGAGACAGUACCCAGGGUUAACAGCUUCGUGGCUUUUGCACAUCUGAGAACUGGGGCUUGGAUGAGCUUUAUCUUUGGCAAGCAUAUUUUUAUAAGGAUUGUGGGUGUGCCUAUUUUAACAGUUGUUUUCUGUAUCAUGAAAAGUAUUCUCCACAAUUUAAAUGUUUUUAUAUUAGAGAACUCUUUAAUGCACAUUUGUCAGAACUAUAUACACAGUACCCGUAUUACCUUUUUAUGUCUUGUUUUAGCUGUAAGCAUGCUGGUAUGUUAGGUACUUACAUAAACUGUUACAUUACUUUUUCUUUUGUAAUCCCUGUUUGUGUGUUUAUGUGGCUCAAAUAUAUUCUUUCUUUAAGCUCCUCUA